AUGCACCACUACUGCGUGUCUACCAGCGAGACCUUGGCACUGCGUGAAGACCGGCGCUAUGUCUGGCGCGUUGUGUUCCCACAGGAGGGUUAUCGUCACCCCUUCGUCAUGCACGGCCUUCUUUCACUGGCCGCCCUCCACAGGGCCUACCUCUUUCCGUCAAGGAGGUUAGAAUUCCUGAAUCUGGGAGCCUCUCACCAUGCCCUUGGUCUGGAGAGACUCAGGGCCUUGUUAUCCGACAUCGGGGACGACAACUGGAGAGCCAUGGUGUGCUACGCUUCCAUCGUCGUCAUACACGUCUGCUCCCUGGCGGCCCGAUCAGAAAAUGGAUGUAUCUCAGAGCCUGUUCGCAGCACGUGGGAGUUCUUCUCUGUUGUGCGAGGCUUCAAAACAACUUUGAGAGAGUUCACGGGCAGGAUCAGCCGAACGAGUCUAGCUCCUCUCGUCUGGAGCAUUUUCCCGCCGGACCAAGAGGAUGAAUUGAUACAAGGCAAAAUCAAUCUCCACCAGUCCGCGCUGCCGACUGACACCUUUUCCGCACUGUCUCUGCUCCGUACCUUUUACGAGGGCGAGGACUUGCUUUCCAACCGCGAAGACUACGCCAAAGCCGUCACAACAUUGGAGUUUACAUCAAAUACCAUAGCAUCCCACGGACCUGAUAUCGAAAUUGGAUUGGCGAUUUGGUGGGCAUGUGAUGUUCCCCAGACUGUCAUGAAUGACAUCCGACAGCAUAAACCUCAUGCACUGCUCCUCCUGGCGUACUUCUCCGUGAUUUUAGCAACCACGGACAGGCGGUACUGGUUCCUCCAGGGCUGGGCAAAGCAGCUCCUGGACGAUUAA